AUGCGCCUUCAACAGACCUCCGGGACUGGAACACCAGUUAUCGAGGGCAAAAAUGUCUCUUUGCAUGAGCAGCCCAACGAAACUACUGAUAAUGCCACCGGCGAUGUGCCCAAGCCGACGGCCAUCAUCGGCAUGUCCUGCCGCCUCCCAGGAGACGUCUCCACGGCCGAAGAUUUCUGGGACUUAUGCUCACGAGGUCGAAGUGCAUGGUCAACAGUUCCAAAGGACCGAUUCAACGCUGAUUCUUUUUAUCACCCUGAUCCCGAUCGACCAGGCUCCUUCAACGCAGUAGGAGCCCACUUCCUGAAAGAAGACAUUGGCCUGUUCGAUGCGCCAUUUUUCAACAUAACGCUCCAAGAGGCACAGACAAUGGAUCCACAACAGCGAAUUUUCCUCGAAUGUGUGUAUGAAGCGCUAGAGAACGCUGGAAUUCCGAACCAUGAGAUCACCGGCCAAAAAGUGGGAGUUUUUGCGGGCGGCUCCUAUUCCGACUAUGAAAUCAAUAACACUAGAGAUAUCUCGGCUAUCCCCAUGUAUGCUGCCACUGGGACGGCGAUGGCCUUGCAGGCGAAUCGGAUUUCGUAUUAUUUUGACUUGAAUGGACCUAGUGUCACAGUUGACACAGCUUGCUCCUCCAGCUUGUCUGCUCUGCAUCUGGCUACCCAGAGUAUUCGGAAUGGUGAAUGCUCAAUGGCCAUUGUGGGCGGAUGUCACUUGAACAUAACACCAGAGGCCUUCGUUUCUAUGACACGUUCGAGACUACUUUCCGACACUGGUCGCUCAUAUUCCUUUGAUUACCGCGGCACUGGCUUUGGCCGAGGUGAAGGUGCUGGGUGCAUUAUCCUGAAAUCUCUCGAGGAUGCAGAGGCUGCCGGAGACGUCAUCCGAUCUGUGAUUAUCAACACUGGUCUCAACCAAGAUGGUCGGACUAGGGGUAUUGCAAUGCCAAAUGGCAAGGCACAGGAAGCACUGAUGCGUCAAGUCUAUAAAGAGGCACGCAUCGACCCAGCCUUGACAGGAUAUGUGGAGGCUCACGGCACAGGAACCAAAGUUGGUGAUCCUCUCGAAGCCACUGCCUUGAAUGCAGUCUUUGGAAAGGGGCGGUCCUCGCGCCAGCCAUUGCUGGUUGGGUCUGUGAAAUCAAACAUUGGUCACGCUGAAGGAGCAAGCGGCAUUGUUUCUGUGAUCAAAACAACCCUGGCACUUGAGCGAGGCUUCGUACCGCCAAACUGCAACUUUGAGAAGGUGAAUGACGAAAUACCCAUGGAUAAGUGGAAUAUGAAGGUUCCCAAGAAGCUGACGCCAUGGCCCCGUGGCAAGCCAUACGCAAGUGUGAACAACUUCGGCUUUGGCGGGACCAAUGCCCAUGUUAUUCUACAGCGUGCUCCCCGAAAUGAAGGAAACCUCGAGUUAAACAACGAUCCUCUCAAGCGCAAGUUGUACGUAGUCUCUGCAUACGAUAAGAAGGCUGUACUUCAGCUUGGGAAAUCAAUUGCUGCGCAUCUAGAUCAUUUCCCAGUGGUUUUCAAUGACAGCACUAUGGAUAACAUGGCCUACACACUAGGUCAGCGACGAACAUUCUUGCCAUGGAGAUUGGCAACCUCUGCAAUAUCCGGCCAGGAGCUAACUGCAUCGCUGGCAAUUGAUGCAGUGCCUGUUCGCUCUUCCAAAGAGCCUACUAUCGGCUAUGUGUUCACUGGACAAGGUGCGCAAUGGCACGGUAUGGGCAAAGAACUUCUGAGCACCUAUCCGGUUUUUCACCGGACCAUGCAAGACGUGGAUGCUUGCUUGAAAUCCCUCGGUGCUACGUUCUCAAUUAUAAAUGAAUUGAUUUUGACUGACCCCGGUGCAAGCUCUAUCUCUGCCGCAUACAUGAGCCAGCCGGCUUGUACCGCAGUCCAGCUAGCGUUGGUUGAUUUGCUGUCAUCUUGGGGUAUUCGUCCCAAAGCAGUAGUCGGUCAUUCUAGUGGAGAGAUCGCAGCAGCCUAUGCCGCGGGCAUUUUGAACCUCGAGGAGUGUGUUCGGGUGGCAUACUCUCGUGGUGUAGCAGCAAAUUUGGUUGCAAAUGACAAGUCUAUCAAGGGAGGUAUGUUGGCGGUAGGAGCCAGCGCAUCAGAUAUUCAACAAAUCUUGGAUGCCAUGCGUGGAAAAAAGGCUGUGAUUGCCUGUGUCAACAGCGAGUCAAGCGUGACUCUAUCUGGAGAUGCGGAUGUUCUCACCGAUCUGCAGACUGCCUUGGACAAAGAAGGGAUCUUCACCCGAAGACUGCAGGUCGAAGUUGCUUACCACUCUCACCAUAUGAAGACUGUGUCGCAGGAGUAUCAAUCUCUGCUCGGCAAGAUCGCACCUCGGGACUCUAAUAUUCCAUUCCACUCGACCGUUUAUGGAAAAUUGGUUCCAGGAAGCACUUUAAAUGCGUCCUACUGGGUCGAAAAUCUGGUCUCCCGUGUAGAAUUUGUGAAGGGACUGAAGAGCCUUGUGGCUGUUGAGCAUAAAAAUACCCCAAUCAGCACAUUAGUCGAAAUCGGCCCUCACCCUGCCCUGCAAACACCUGUCAAAGACAUUGCCCAGGCAUACGCCCCAGAUUCUCACGUGCAAUAUCUUCACACUUUGAAACGCAAGGUAGAUGAUAUUGAAGCUGUUCAAAACCUUGCUGGCUCGUUGUUCAAACAGGGUCUGAAUCUCAACUUCCAAGCCAUCAACUUCCCGAACUUGGGAACCACCGCAAGAAAGCCAGCCGUUAUGACAAAUCUGCCUAAGUAUCCGUGGAAUCACUCUGAACGAUACUGGUUUAGCUCACGGCUAGGCGAUAACCACCUUCAUCGCCAAUUCCCUCGGAGUGAUAUCCUUGGCUCACUGUGCAUGGAAAAUGUUGACUUUGAGCCUCGGUGGAGGAACACCAUUCGUGCAGAUGACCAUCCUUGGAUGGGCGAGCACAGAGUACACGACAGAAUUGUGUAUCCAAUGACCGGCUUCUUGGCCAUGGCCAUGGAGGCCAUCUCGCAGCACGCACACCUUCACCAUAUUACUCCUGGAAAGAUCGAUCUCCGCGAUAUCUUCAUUAAUCGCGUCCUCACUAUUCCGGAUAACUCAUGUGUGGAGACAAUGCUCAGCUUAAAAGCAUCCCGAGCGGAAGCUCCUAGUAAAUCAGUCUUCGGCUGGCACGAGUUCAAGAUUUUCUCAUGGGCUGAGGGGCGUGGAUGGGAUCAGCACUGCAAUGGUUUUGUCAUGGUACAAGAAGCUAAGGACGUCAAUCCUGUCGAUGGGGAUCGACAGCAGCUCGAGAAGACCGCACGGUUUACCCAAAAAUCGUUGAACAUGCGAAACUCUUGUAAAAUACCUGUGGACAGCAAUGUGCUCUACGAAAAUAUUGCUAGUGGUGGUGUACAGUACGGUCCUCUUUUCCAAGGAUUGACUGAUAUCUCUGUGAGCAGGGAUGAUCAAGCAAUGGCUACGCUACGUAUCCCAGACACAAAAGCAGCGAUGCCUCACCAGCAUGAGACACCCUACAUUGUACACCCGGUCACACUUGAUCUAUGUAGUCAAGUCCUGUGGGUCCUUCGUGGUUACGGUGAAUUUGGGCCGAAAGUCACCCAUGUACCCUCUCAUGUCAAGCAAGUGUCUGUUUCCUUGUGUACUGAAUUCAGUGCCGGUACUGUACUGCAACUAUAUGGUUGUAUAUCAGGAAAUGAAUCAGCAAGCGACCCUGAGACAAACCGCAUAUUCGCCACUGUUCCCAACAACCCAGCGGAUCUUGUAAUCGACAUUGAUGGUAUCACUCUGGUGCCGGUAUCGAACGAUAUUAGAGGAUCAAAUGACAGCUCGCCGGACCAGAUCUGCUACAAGGUAGUAUAUGAGCCCUGCUUUGAUUUUCUCUCUGCCGAGGAUUAUCGACAGCUCUCUCGUCCCGAGACCGAUGUUGCUCAAGGCAUCGAACGAAUGCAGCAACUCGAAUCUGUGGCAGAACAUUACCUGGCGCAAGUGGUUAAGAAUGUGACAGAAGACGAGUUAUCAGCCCUCGAGCCUCACCGCCAGAAAUUUUAUCGUUGGGCCCAGAAAACUUGCCAAAAUGUGGGCACUAAUGAUCCCGUGACCCUUGAUGUUCUCGAAAAGAUCAGAAUUGCCAAUGCCGCAGGCGAAUUGACAUGUAAAGUCGGAGCGCUGCUUCCUCAGAUCCUCAGGGGGAAGGUAGAUGCCUUGAAUGUACUGUUGGAAGAUGAUGGAAUCGCAAGACACUACCGUGACCUCGACUCUCUUCGUGAGGCCUAUGCCAAUGCCUCUGUCUGCAUGGACAAGAUGGCACAUCAAAACCCUACACUCAACAUCAUUGAGAUUGGCGCUGGUACAGGUGGUGCCACCAUGCCAAUUUUGGAGAGUCUGGGUGGAGGUAAGGCAGGGUCUACGCCUCGCUUCGGCCAUUACACCUACACCGACAUCUCUCCAGGUUUCUUUGAAAAGGCCAAGACGAAGUUCGAGAGCUGGGGUCAUCUCAUGACAUAUCAGACACUAGACGUAUCGGCCGAUCCCACGGAGCAAGGCUUCACUAAUGGCACAUAUGACGUUGUAGUUGCUUGCAAUGUGCUGCAUGCUACUUCCGACAUCAGCCAGACAAUGGCCAAUAUCCGAGCCCUUUUGAAGCCUGGUGGUAAGGUCAUGCUCAUUGAGGAAACUGUCCCCAAGGCACGCCAUUUCCCAUUCGCACUUCUCUCUGGGUGGUGGCUGGCCGAUGAUAAAUUCCGGAAGGACGGACCACUCCUCACCGUUGAAGGAUGGAGCAACGUUAUGAAGGAGAAUGACUUCUCUGGGAUUGACCUGUGUGUCGAGGAAUAUCCUGGAGCAUCUUUCCAGUCUGGUUGUCUCAUGAUAUCAACCGCUAACAGCCCAAACACUGGUCCCGCGAAUGCCGGCGAUAUUGUGAUACUUGGAGUUGACUCGAUUGGCACCUUAUCGUGCCUUAGCCUCGAAUAUGGUAUCCAGAAAAUGACUGGUGUUGAACCUAUCACUGCUACGGACUCUGAUGAGGUUGAUGUCACCGGGAAAUGGUGUAUCUUCCUUGGGGGAAUGGAUCGCUCGAUCCUAUCCCACCUUACCCAAGAGAAAUUCCAGACACUGCAGCGUCUUCUGAGCCGGGCUCGAGGCCUACUGUGGGUUGUCCGCCACACAAAAACUGACCUCGAAUCCCUCGGCUCGAACAUGGCAAUUGGACUGGCUCGCACCGUGAGAUCAGAAACUGGACUCCAAUUCGCCACGCUUGAUUUGGGCGAGCGGGAAAGCGUGCCCGAUGCUCUGGCCGUAAGUCACAUGCUCAAUGUAUUCAACGCAGUCUUCUGUCAGAAAUCGCAGCUAGCCCAGAAUGACUGGGAGUUCGUUGUCCGAGAUGGCAAUGUUUGUGUGCCCCGCUUGGUGGAUAACAACGCAUUGAACCUCAGUGUUCAGCAAGAGACACCAGAGGCGCCUCCACAGAUGCAGCCUUUCAAACAAGAUCGAGCUUUACGACUUGCUAUCGGAAGCGGUAGGGGGCUCGAUGAGCUUUACUUUACCGAUGAUAUUUCCCUCAAUGAACCCCUGCCCCGAGACCACAUUGAGAUCGAAGUUUACAGCACCGGUCUCAACUUCAGAGAUGUGUUGAUGGCUAUGGGUCAGCUCCGCGGCGACAGGCUCGGACAGGAAUGCAGUGGAGUGGUGACUCAAGUGGGAGCUGCGGUAUCCGACUUCAAGACUGGAGAUCGUGUCUGUGCAAUGUCGCCCGGUUCAUUGUCAACAUUCACUCGCUGCCCGGCCUCUGGAUGCUGGGUGAUUCCUUACGAUAUGCCAUUCGAGAUCGCAGCUUCGAUUCCAGCUGUGUUUUGCACUGCCUACUACUCUCUCAUUGACCUGGGACGAUUGAGUAAAGAUGAGAACGUUUUGAUCCACGCCGCUGCAGGAGGUGUUGGCCAAGCGGCAAUCAUCAUCGCUCAAAGCGUUGGAGCUAAUAUUUUUGCAACUGUUGGCAGCCCUGAGAAGAAAAAUUUCCUCAUGAAAACUUACCGCCUCAAGGAAGAAAAUAUCUUCUUCAGCCGUGACAUGUCAUUUGCGCAAGGCAUCCAUCAGGCCACUGGUGGUGAGGGUGUGGAUGUUGCUCUUAACUCCCUUAGCGGCGAUGCGUUGCAGGCUACAUUCGAGUGUGUUGCGCCAUUUGGUCGGUUCAUUGAACUUGGCAAGCGAGAUAUUACGACUAAUUCUCGAUUGGAGAUGGCUCACUUCAACAAAAAUAUCUCCUUCGCAUCUGUCGACUUGGGAAUGGUCAGAGAGAAGCGUCCACAAUUGACGAAGCGGCUGCUGCGUGAUGUGUUUAAGCUGUUCGUGGACACCAACGCCCAAUCAAGGUGGUCUGUUACCACUCUUCCCAUCUCAGAUGUUGAGGUUGGAUUCCGGGCCCUGCAGGGAGGACAAAUGAUCGGAAAGAUGGUCGUCCAGGUUACCGACGACUCCAUGGUUAAGGUCCAUCCCGCUAGAAGGGACGAAAAUCUUCUCCGCGCAGACGCUUCAUAUGUUAUUGUUGGUGGUACCGGUGGAAUUGGUCUCGACAUUGCUAGUUGGCUGCCAGAGAGAGGAGCCAAAAAUCUUAUCCUGGUUUCUCGAGGUGGCCUCAAGAGUGAAAACGCAGAACAAAUUGUCCGGGAUCUUAUUCACCAGGGCGUCAAUGUGGAAGUCUGUCGCUGCGAUGUUGCAAAUAAGCAGAGCGUGGAGCAGAGUCUUGUUCCGCUCCUCGCUCGCAUGCCGCCAGUUCGUGGUGUUGUAUACGGCGCUAUGGUUCUCCGGGAUACCCUGUUCGAAAAGCUUAGUUUCGCUGACUACCAGACCGUGAUGACGCCCAGAGUCAAUGGAAUCUGGAACAUUCAGCGGGCAUUGACAAAAACUAAUGGUAUGGUGGAUUUCUUUGUCAGUCUCUCAUCUGCCGCCAGCUUUGUCGGCAAUAUGGGUCAAUCCCCCUACGCAGCGAGUGGAACUUUCAUGGCAGCGCUUGCUCAAUACCCCGAGACAGCCAGGAUGCGCUGUCUGACAAUCGAUCUACCCAUUGUGCGCGGAGUCGGAUACCUCGCCGACGAGAAGAAGCGGGAAACAAUUUCCAAACAGCUCGGCACAGAGUCCGUCGACGCAACAGACAUCCGUGGACUUGUUACCGCAGCAAUUCGCAAUGACUUCGAUGUUUCCUUCGAGGGACAUUGUGUGGCCGGGUUUGAAGGCGUCAAAUCCACACCCGCUAGUGCACAGCCCUUCUGGGUAAACGAUACCAAACUGUCGCACCUAUUGCGGCUCUCCACUCUCGCUGGCGCGGGUGCAUCGGCCGACUCUGCGCAGAACAGUAGUGAGAUCUCGCCGGCACUUGCUAUCCGGCAAUCGAAGACUCGCGAAGAAGCUGAGCUCAUCGUUGGGACUGCCGUGCUCACAAAAAUCUCUAGCAUCCUAAUGCGUCCGAUAGAAGACCUCGAUCCUGCUGCGCCUAUCACGGUUUAUGGUCUAGAUUCGCUGGUCGCCAUUGAGAUCAGAAACUGGAUCACACGCGAGCUAGAAGCGAAUUUGCAGAUCCUGGAGAUCUUGACUAGCGAAUCUAUCCCCGCUCUUUCUGAUACGAUCCUCAAAAAAUCUGGCAUACUUACUUCAGACCUCAAGGCUGAGUGGGGUCUCGAGGUGACUGAAGAUCGAACUGGCCAGGAAUGA